CGGGGCGGCCACACCUCCACCUGCACAACGGUACCUGCAGUCCGGCCACUGUUGCCGCCGCCGCCGCCGCCCCACCCGUCACCAAUGGCAACAACCGCCCAGGGCUUCUUCCGCUGCCCGUCAUCCCCUCCCUGCUGCCCACGCCCGUCACCAUUGCCGUGACGACGGCCGGCGCUGACCUGACGGGAAAACGCGCCGGGCCACCCGUGUCCACCGCCCCAGCCACCAUGAAGGCAGCGGGGCUCUCUCCUGGAGACUCUCAGGCCCCAGGUCUCCUCUUGGCUCCGGGGGUGCGAUGGGGCCAGACGCCCAUCAACCAGUCCACGCCGUGGGAGACGGACGAGCCGCCAAUCAAGCAGCACAGAGAGGCCGAGCCCACGGGUCCCCCAUGGGCGCCUCCUUUGGUGGCGGUCAGUCAGUCCGGUCUACUCGCCCACUCCUACGGCCUCCCUCAGCCACCUGUCUACAGCCAGGGCGUGUCGGUCCAGUCCCCCGUCAUUGGCGUCACCCCGUCCAUCCAGACGCCCAUGCCCCCGCAUCCGCCGAUGGUCACGGCGUCCCACUUCCAGCUGCCCCCCCACUCGGCGUCCUGCCAGCACCACCCGCCACCACCCCCUCACCCACCCCCCAGGGCCAGCCUGCUCAUGAACCUGCCCAAUCCUCCCCCGCACUACGCCGGCAGCCAGCCCCCUCUGACCGCGCCGGGGCCCGCUGUCCACCCCUCGCCGCACGGCACCGCCGCCGUGGUCAUGGGCAACGGGCACAUGACCCCGCACCCGCUCCUGCCCCUGCCCACGCUGCCCGCCGCCGCACUGCCCCUCACCAACGGGCAGCCCGCGCCCCCUCCUUCCUCGGUACCCCCCGCCACCUCGGCAGCAAACGGCAACGGCCCAGCCCAGGACGCCCCCAACGGCCUGCAGAUGCUGAGGACAGUGGGCAUGGGGAAGUACGAGUUCACCGACCCCGGACACCCCAAAGAAAUGCUGAAAGAGCUGAAUGCACAGCGCCGAGCGAAAGAGUUCACAGACCUGAAAAUUAUUGUUGAAGGCAAAGAGUUUGAAGUCCACCAAAAUGUUGUAGCUUCCUGCAGCUUGUAUUUCAAGGACCUGGUCAAAAGGUCGUCAGGGGAGAUGCGGAGUGCGGAGAAGCUGGAGCUGCAUAUGAGCAGCAUCAGGGCGGAGGUGCUGGAGCUGCUGCUGGAGUUCGUGUACACGGGCUCUCUGGUCAUCGACGCCGCCAACGCCAAGACCCUGCUGGAGGCCGCCAACCGCUUCCAGUUCAACACCUUCUGCAAGGUCUGCGUCUCUUUCCUGGAGAAGCAGCUGACAGCGGGGAAUUGUCUGGGUGUGCUGGCCAUGGCAGAGGCCAUGUGCUGUACGGAGCUGCACAGCAUGGCCAAGGCCUUCGCCCUGCAGAACUUCCCCGAGGUGGCCGGCCAGGACGAGAUCCUCAGCGUGUCCCCUGACGACCUGGUCAGCUACCUGUCCAACGACAGCCUCAACACCAAGGCCGAGGAGCUCGUCUACGAGACCGUCAUCAAGUGGAUCAAAAGAGACCCUGCCACUAGGGUACAGCACAUCUCUGAGCUGCUGGCGGUGGUGCGCCUGCCCUUCAUCCACCCGUCCUACCUGCUCAACGUGGUGGACAACGAGGAGCUCAUCAAGUCCUCAGAGGCCUGCCGGGACCUGGUCAACGAGGCCAAGCGUUACCACAUGCUGCCGCACGCACGACAGGAGAUGCAGACGCCCAGGACCCGACCGAGACUGUCCGCAGGUGUGGCCGAGGUGAUCGUGUUGGUGGGGGGUCGGCAGGCCAUCGGCAUGAGCCAGCGGCCGCUGACGGCCGUCACCUGCUUCAACCCCCAGAACAGGAAGUGGUACCCACUGGCCAGCCUGCCCUUCUACGAGCGCGAGUUCUUCAGUGUCAUCUCGGCCGGGGACAACAUUUACCUGUCAGGUGGUACAGAGUCCGGUGUGAUGGUGUCAGAUGUCUGGUGCUACAUGUCUCUUUUGGACAACUGGAACCUGGUGUCGCGUAUGACAUCACCGCGCUGUCGCCAUAGCAGCCUGGUGUAUGACGGCAAACUGUACGCCAUUGGGGGACUGGGCGUGACCGGAAACCUGGAUCAUGUGGAGAGGUACGACACCAUCACUAACCAGUGGGAGACGGUGUGUCCUCUGCCCAAGCCGGUACACUCAGCGGCCGCCACGGUGUGUGGAGGAAAGGUGUAUGUCUUUGGGGGGGUCAACGAGGCCGGCCGCUCGGCUGGAGUCCUGCAGUCCUACGUGCCUCAGACCAACACCUGGAGUUUCAUCGAGUCGCCCAUGAUCGAUAAUAAAUAUGCCCCAGCAGUGAGUCUGAAUGGACUGGUCUUCAUCCUGGGCGGAGCCUAUGCCAGAGCCACCACCAUCUAUGACCCUGACAAGGGCAACAUCAAGGCAGGACCCAACAUGAACCACUCCAGACAGUUCUGCAGUGCGGUGAUCCUGGAUGGGAAGAUCUACUCCACAGGGGGCAUCGUGAGCAGCGAGGGGCCGGUGCUGGGCAGCAUGGAGGUGUUCGACCCGAGCGCCAACGCCUGGACGCUGCUGCAGAACCUCCCCUGCCCCCUCUUCAGACACGGCUGUGUGGUCAUCAAGAAGAAGUGACAUCAUAGGCCUGGUCAGGUCUCCAAACCCUAGCUACUGCAGUUACCAGGAAGUGGUCUCAGAACCUCCCCACCAUCACCAUCACCGCCACACAGGAAUCGACACCAGCCAGCCCCGGUGUUACCUGAAACCUUUUCCGUCUGGGAGGGACCUUCAUCCUGAGGCAACACGAUACUGCAUCUCUUCUGUGUUCCUUCCUCAACUCUGCUGGAUGUAGCAGGCCACAGGAGUCCUUUCCACAGUGUGUGUGUGUGUGUGUGUGCCAGAGGUCAACUGCAGAGGCAGUGUCAUUCAAGAAUUGGACUUCACACGCAUCAAAGGACUCCUCGAGAAUGAAGUGGCGGUGAUCACUGUACCUGAUAGGCCACAAAUGUGUGUGUGUGUGUGUGUGUGUGAGUGGCAAGGGGAUGUUAGCCUGGGGAACACAGGGUUGAGACAUUUCUUUCAAACAUAUCAGGAACUGAACUCUGAACUUUCUUUACUGUGACCUUUUCUAAAACGUACUCCUGAAUCUGAAGCACAAGUGACCAGUGGCUGGAGGAAGAGGAGGAGAUUCUUCACUCCAGGGCUUUGUCUAACUGUCUGCCCUCUUUCACAUAAGGAUGCCCAUCUGUCUGUCCCACUGACCCGUUCUAAUCUACAUCGGUCUCUCUGACAGCGCUGUGACCAAUUCCAGCUUUCUGCUUGUCUGAUACAUAUUUGCCUCAGUCAGAUAGACAUCUUUCUGUUUGCCUGCAUUCCUCUCCAUCCAAUUUGUCUGUCUGUUUAAUCAAUUUAGUCGUUUUUGAUCUGCCUUACUCUUUGAUACGUUUCUUUUUCUAAUGUCUUUCUGUUUAAAUGUUUCCUUAAAUGCCCUCCCGCUUCUGUCAGAUUUGCCAUUUCUUUACCUCUCUCUGUUCCAUCUUUACAACAAGGGGACGGGGCCUAUGGAGCGCAAGAGUCCAAUCACAGCAAACUCCAGAACAGGUCCGGCCCAGAUGUGGCUCUGAUUUGGCCCAAAUGUGUUCCACUGACGGCUGCCUGGGCGAGCCAUACCAUGUAUAUUUUGUGAAGGAAAUAAUCUGUAUAUUUUAAAAGCCAGAGGGUUAUUCUGUAUAAACGUUUUUAGACAUUGAAUAGGGAUGAUGGACUUAAAAAAAAAUGUCUGUAAAUCUGUAUCCAAAAAUUUACAUAAAUUGUUAAGGCCUAAACAGUAAUACAUACCCUUGAUUCU